AAUGUAAAGAAGAGGCUCGCUGUUGCUACUCCAACUCAGUGACAGAUAGAUACCUCUAUUUAACAUGCCAACAUUCACAGAGUCAAUGCACACUCGCAUCAGCUAAUUCUAGUCACGUCCCUCCCACAUCUCCUGAGAAAGAAUGGUUUUUGAAUUCGCAGCCACUGCCUCAGUGCCAUGGAGCUACCUCCUGUACGGGGUCCUGGGCUGCGUGCUUCCAUGGCAGGCAGGCCUGCUGGUGGACCGGCUGUGGUGGCGGCCGCGGAGGCUGGAGCGAACGCUGCGCGCGCAGGGCGUCGGCGGCACGACCUACCGCUUCCUCAUGGGCGACCUCAAGGACUUCGGCCGCCUCAACGAUGAGGCCUGGUCCAAGCCCCUGCCGAUCGGCUGCCACGACAUCGUUCCCCGCGUCAUACCCUUCCUCUACAACAACGUCCGGGAUCAUGGCAAACCCUGCUUCUCCUGGUUCGGCCCCGUCGCCAACGUGGCCAUCACUGACCCUGAGCUUGUCAAGGACGUGCUGUCCAACAAGUUCGGCCACUUCGAGAAGCCCCAGUUCAAGGUUCUGACCAAGCUGCUUGCCAACGGCCUCACCACCCACGAGGGCGAGAAAUGGGUCAAGCACAGGAGGAUCCUCAACCCUGCGUUCCAUCUCGAGAAGCUCAAGCUCAUGCUACCAGCUUUCUCUGCAAGCUGUGAAGAGCUCGUUAGCAGAUGGAAGGAGUUCCAUGGUUCCAACGGCUCGUGUGAGGUGGAUGUAUGGCCGGAGCUCCAGAACCUCACCGGAGAUGUCAUUUCUCGCACAGCUUUUGGUAGCAGCUACCUCGAAGGAAGAAGGAUUUUCCAGAUACAGUCCGAGCAAGCUAAGCUCUUUGUUGGUGCUCUCCAGAGGAUUAUCAUUCCUGGUUACCUGUUAUUGCCGACCAAAAACAAUAGACAGAUGCGCAAAAACAACAAUGAGGUCGAAUCAAUCUUACGAGGUUUAAUUGGAAAAAGAAUGCAAGCCAUGGAAGAAGGUAAAGGCUCUGAGGAUGAUCUACUAGGCCUAUUGCUAGAAUCGAAUAGGAAGGACAUAGACGAAAAUGGCCAACCUAGCCAAGGAAUGACAAUGGAUGAUGUUGUCGAGGAGUGCAAGCUAUUCUACUUGGCCGGAAUGGAGACAACAUCUGUACUGCUUACAUGGACGAUGAUCGUGCUAAGCAUGCAUCCAGAGUGGCAAAAUCUUGCAAGGGAGGAGGUCCUAGGUUUGUUUGAGAGAAACAAACCUCAUUACGACGGCCUUAGCCGACUCAAAAUUGUGACCAUGAUCCUUCACGAGGUCCUUCGGUUAUACCCCUCAGCUACCGUGUUUAGCCGAAAAACUUAUAAGGAUAUGGUUAUUGGAGGCGUCAGAUAUCCUGCUGGUGUGUUCAUUGAGGUGCCUGUGUUGUUCAUGAACCAUGACCCGGAUAUAUGGGGAAGUGAUGUGAAUGAGUUCAAACCUGAAAGAUUUGCCCAGGGCAUUUCCAAGGCAUCAAAGCACCCAGGCGGAUUCUUAUCAUUUGGUUGGGGGCCACGGGUCUGCAUUGGCCAGAAUUUUGCACUGCUCGAAGCCAAGAUGGCAUUAACCAUGAUCCUUCAGCAUUUCGAAUUUGGGCUCGCACCAUCAUAUAUACAUGCACCACACACCGUGAUGACGUUGCAGCCGAUGCACGGUGCGCAAAUUAAGCUUAAAGCUAUAUGAACGCACAUAGUUUCAAGUAGUUAUUGCUAUGUUGGUUGUGAAAUGUGAGCUUUGUAUGAGUGGAUAAUAAUGUCAUCUUGAUGUAUUUUGUUUACGCUUGAUAUUGUACUUAAACGGUUGUACUAUCU